AUGCCAUCUCCGCGAGGCUCCACCGCCGAAUCCGGCAACAAGCCUGCAUCUCCAGCUCCAGUCGACCAACAAGCGUCAAAGAAAGAUAAGCUGGUUAUACUACGCCAGUCGGUUGCAGAUAUACAAACCCAAAUCGCCGACUUGGAGGCUCAGAUCGCCGAAGCCAAGGCCCACUUGAAGAACGACCCAAAAGCCACGGUGCAACAACAUAUCCGUCUGUUGCAUGAAUACAACGAAAUCAAGGACGUUGGGCAGGGGUUACUGGGCCUGAUCGCAGAUGCGCGGGGAGUGCGACAAAUUGACGUGCAAAGAGAGUAUGGGGUGGGUGAUCGCGAUUGA